AUGAUUGGCGCCCCAGCAUGCAUCAUUUUUCUCCUCUGCCAGCUCACAGGGCCAGCAGCCUCUGGAAUCCCAAAGAAGCUGGUUGGUGCCAUUGAUGGGUCUGUGAUUUUCCCUCUGAAUCUCUCAGUAAAUCUAGUUGACAGCAUUAUCUGGGUCUUCAAUUCAACCACUCUCAUCACCAUACAGCCAAAAACGGGAGACAAAAAAGCCCUCAUCAUAGUGACCCAAAAGCGUAACAAGGAAAGAGUGAAUUUCCCACAUGAAGGCUAUUCCCUGAAGCUCAGCAGACUGAAGAAGAAUGACUCAGGUAUCUACCGUGUGGAGAUACACAGCUCAACGCUCCAGGAUCCCCUCACCCAGGAGUAUGAGCUGCGUGUCUAUGAGUACCUGUCAAAGCCCAAAGUCAUCAUAGGUCUGCAGGACAAUAAGAAUGGCACCUGUGUAACCAAUCUCACAUGUUCCAUGGAACAUGGAGAAGAGGAUGUAACUUACAGCUGGAAGUCUCAGGACCAGGCAACCAAUGAAUCCCACAGUGGCUCCAUCCUCCCCAUAUCCUGGAGGUGGGAGAAAAGUGACAUGACCUUCAUCUGCAUGGCCAGUAACCCCAUCAGCAGCAACUCCUCCAACCCUGUCUUUGCCCAGAAUCUCUGUGAAGGUGCUGCUGGUGGCCUGGCUCUCUACGUGAUCCUCUAUGUCCUGUUGUUGUUCAUCCUGCUCUGUUCCCUUGCACUGGUGUUAAUUAUUUUGAUCAUACGAAGAACAAGAAAAAAAGAGCUCAUUGAAGAGAAGAAGGAAACAGACACUCAUCAGGAAACUCUUUCCCUCCCUCCCGUUUCUGAAGAGGUGCCCGAGUAUGAUACAAUCUCCUAUUGUAAUAGGACUAUUUCAGAGGAAAAGCUGGCAAAUACCAUUUAUUCCACUGUGCACAUAUCCCCCAAGGUAACAAAACCCCACUCCCUGCCCAUGUCGUCAGAUACACCAAGGUCAUCUACUUGUAAGAAUGUCGUCUAA